CUAUUUUUCGAGCAAAUUUUUGAGUGUGUAAUUUUAAUAGCCUGUUAUACUGUAAAUUGUUUUAAAAAUUGCAAACAUAUGUUAAUUAUUUAGUUUAAUUAGUGGCGCACACGUGUAUAUUAAGUUUUGGAGCCAUAGUAGGGUUUUAAGAAUAUAAACAAAAGUAAAGCUAUUCUCCCUUUGCCCAAAAAUCAUCGCACUGUUGUUGCUUUUGUCGUCGACGUCGCUGCCAUAGAGUCACAUCGCUUUCGAACUACUUCCACUGCCGCAGCUGACUACGCUGUCUCCACCGACGACGCUGUAUUGAAAACAGAACAAAACAUAUUUUAUUAAAGUUUAUUAAUAAAAGUUUGUGAUUAAGUCAUUUUAUAAGAAAAGCGAAUUGCCUAAUACGUUGUGCUUUUAAAAAAGAUUAAUAAUAGUAACAUUUCGACCCGGAGCAAACAUUGUGUUAAUAUCAACGUACAUACCUAUGUAUCUCUUCAAUCGGUUUUACAAUUAUAAAAAACUAUAGGAACAAGCAAAGAUUAUAUAUUCGAAUUGUUCGCAUUCCCGGUGAUUACUUGUGCUGGUGCAAUCACAAAUUGCUAUGAAUCGCUCAGGAGAAAGUGGAACUUCUGCAGCGGCGUAAAAAUAAAAUCAACAAAUUUAGAUAUUCUUAUCAAGGUUGGAUAGUUUAAUUAUCUGUUUCAACUACUCGGCGCGUAAAAAAGCCGCCAUCCACGCCUACGCUAACGAAUUGAUCCGAACUCAAAGUUGUGCACUCCAAGUCGACGUAUACGCCUUACAUCACACUGAACUGGCUUCGAUAGCAGCGGCAAACGCUAUUGCAGCAAAGAGGGCCAUAGAGCAAGCGUUUACAUCGGCAGCAAUAUGUCGCAACCACUCAUCGUUCAAGCAGAGUAUUCCUUCAAGGGCGGCAACAAUGAUGAACUCUGCUUCAAGAAAGGCGACCUCAUCACAGUUACACAGCGCGAAGAGGGUGGCUGGUGGGAGGGCACACUCAACGAUAAGACUGGCUGGUUCCCCAGCAACUAUGUUAACGAAUAUAAGGCACCGUUGCCACUCACAGAAACGAUACGGCCACCAGAAGAGAUACAGGAAUAUCGUUCGGUUGUGCUGAAAGAUCUGCUCGACUCAGAACGUGCGCAUGUCGCCGAGAUACAAGGCCUUCUGGAGAACUUUCUCGAACCACUGCAGCAGACGCAAAUACUCAAUGCUGAUGAGUACGCCCAGUUGAUGUGCAAUUUUGUCGAAAUUGUGAAAACACACGAAGAACUACUCAAGCAGAUGGAGGAGUGCAAUGAUCGGGUUGGGAAGUUAUUUCUAACGAAGGCACCGCACAUGAAACAGGUGCACCAAGCCUAUUGCGCAGCCCAUCCGAAGGCGAUUGUCAUACUCGAUAAGCACAAAGAUGAAUUGGAGAAGUAUAUGGAGCGCCAAGGUGCCGCCUCACCUGGUCUCUUGGUCUUAACGACGGGUCUGUCGAAACCUUUUCGUCGACUCGAUAAGUACUCUGCCAUGCUGCAGGAACUAGAGCGGCAUAUGGAGAGCAGCCAUCCGGAUCGGGGUGAUACACAACGAAGUGUCGCUGUUUACAAGGACAUUGCGGCGGCUUGUUCAGCAACGCGACGUCAAAAGGAGCUCGAACUGCAGGUGUUAACGGGGCCAGUGCGUGGCUGGCAGGGACAAGAGCUCAGUUCUUUAGGUGACAUAAUACACAUGGGAAGUGUUGCUGUUGGGCCUGACCACCGAGAUCGCUAUUUUGUGCUUUUCCCACAAACUUUGCUGAUACUCAGUGUUAGCCAAAGAAUGAGUGCCUUUAUAUACGAGGGGAAACUGCCUCUAACUGGUAUUAUUGUGAAUCGUUUAGAAGACAGCGAGACAGUGAAAAAUGCCUUUGAAAUAAGUGGACCCUUAAUCGAACGUAUCAUUGCUGUGUGCCAAGGUCCCAACGAGGCGAGCAGAUGGGUUGAGCUCUUAACGUCGGCAAAUCCCUCAGUUCCCAUUGGCAUUAAGCGUCAAUUAAGUAAUUUGAGCAAUGCAUCGAUAAGCGGCGGAGGGAGUAGUGGGCAUGCACCUCAACCACCGCCACAUAUGUCCCCACCCGCGAAUCUCAGCAUGCUGGCGGCGCAACGCACAAACUCCCAAAGCCUAGCGGCAGCAACAGCAGGAGCGUCAAUGGCAACAUCAAUGUCACAUCCGUCACAACACAAACGGAGCCUAUCGUUCAACCACCACCUAAGCUACAAUCAAUACACGCACACUCAGCCUCCACCACCUCAUCAUCAUCUUCCACCACCACAACAAAGUCUACCAAAUCAUCCGGUGGCCCCAAGCCACAAAUCAAAUUUAGCCCCGACAUCGAGCAGUAUUUCAAAGAAUCAACAUCAAACAGCAGUGGCGGGAAACAUGGCGGCAACCACAAACGCAAGGAUAGGAAACACAAAAGCUAAUUGGAGCAUAAAGAACCUGCGGCCAGCGCCACCAUUGCGCCCCAAUCUGCUCAAUGCAAUGACGCAUAGCGGCAGUGGAGGCAGCGGUAGUGGCGGUGGCGCUAGCGGCAGCAGUAGCGCCAAUGCGCUCGCCAGUUACUGCAGCGGCAAGCGAAUGCAGCCGACUUUCGAGGAGGAUGUGCUGGUUUUGAGAGUUUUCGAAGGCUAUUGCGCCGCCUAUCAGAACACCACCCGCAACACCAUACACUCGGCCCUGCAACCAUGGACGCCCUGCCUGCCGAUACGCGGCGGAAAGCUGCAGACCAGCAAAACCUUCUCCACUUCGAAUCCGCAACUACCACAUCUAUGCCAAACCGGCGCCCCAUUUCCGGGCAGUAGCGGUGCGACCAACCAACAAAACUCCACGAACAGCCUCAACUCAUCGUAUAUUUGGCGCGAGGCGAGUCCAAACAAUUUCAAUCUAUAUUCCAGCUCGGUUUCAUCGCUGAAUGCUGCUACAACAGGAGUAGCUGGAGGCGUGAAUGCCGUCGGCUAUCGCUAUUCACUUUCCGGUUCCUCUACCGGCGGUGCGGGUCCUUCUAGUCUGCCAAUUUAUGAACGCGCCCUAUCGGAAGAGCGCGCCACCCGCAAGUCACUCAAUCGUUUGAAGAGCGGCUUCGGUUCGGGUUACGACAAUAUCUUCAUGACACCACUCUUGCCACGCAAAAAUAAACCAUCGCCGAAGCUGGUGAAGAAUAGCAGCUACCAGGCCCAUCAGCGUUCACCACCGUCCGCAACGAUAACAGCGCGCAAUCGCAGCGACUCCGAACGACUCGAUGCAACGCCUCUCACGAUAACCGAGCAGGAGCCGUCGUCGCAGCGACAGUCACAAAAACAACAACGCCCACCAGCACCAGGACUCUACGAUCGGCGCUUGAAUCGCUCAUUCGAAACCACGGUUUCACACCGUUACGCCGGGUAUGGUGGCGGCUACAUGAUGUCAGGCUAUGGCCAGGCCGCAGGCUACAAAAUGACGCCACUGCGGCGCAGCACACCGCAACUCGCAGGCGGAGAUGUUGUCGACGACGCGCGCGACAGUGAUGAGGCCGAGCAUGGACAUCGCGGCUGUGGCGCCGCCUUGCUAGGUAAUGGAAACAGCGUGGGAAAUUGCGCGGCAGGUGCCGACCACGAGACCGGCACCAACGGCGAUGGCGACAGUCAACGCCACUCGGGCAGUUGGUGUUGCGGUAAUUUUGUGAUGAAACAGUGGCGCAAAAUGAACAAUUAUUGAUUGUUAAGUGGCUGCAUUGAGGCGCUUCACGCACGCUUACUGGCAGCGUGCGCUACAAGAGAGACACUUGUACCACCAAGCGCUGCCAGUGCUGCCAUAUUGCUGCUGUUAUUUGCUAAUUUGUUGCAUUGCGCGCGUUGCUUUUCUUGUGCUGCGCCACAGGCAUUAGUUUAUUAUUUGUUGUGCAAACGCUGCAGCCGACUUAGCUAAAUAUGUAGUAGAUAAGUGAGGUUUUGUAUAUAUCCUAUUGCAAAGUAGUUAGUGUGUAUCUGUAUAUGUAUUUAUACUACUUGGUGACAGAGGCUUGACGCAUGCGCGGAAACAAAACAAAAAGAAAAACAAAGUCAACAAUUUGUAUUGGUUUUAGGAUACAAAGUUUAUAGGGAAUUAGCCGUUGAAGUUGGAGCAGUUGAAACGUAGAUAUGUUUUAUUUUUUAAUAAUAAUGACAACCAGUGGUUUAGCAAUCGGGCCAUCAUGCAAUAGCUUUAUUUUUGUUUAGCUAGCAUUUGAAGAGUUUUAUUUGUAUUUUACAUAAAACCCAAUGGGGUUUGCUUUUGGAAAUGUUCAAUAUUAAUUUAAUUUCUGUGUUUGUAUUUUAUAUAAGAACAUUUAUCGUACACACAUGCAUGCAUAUGUACAUGUGUGAGGUACAUAAAAGUACGAGUUAUUAAUUGUGAAUAUUUAUAUAUGUAUGUAACUUACGCCUAGAUGAUGUAUGUACGCCUAGUACUGAACUUGUGCGUAUUAUUGGUUGUAAAGGUUUAACAAUUAAAAACAAAAAAAGCAAAAACAAAUAUUUUUCGAUUUGCGGCUUUUAUGAAUGCUGAAUUCUAAUCCACCCAAAUAUGCGUAUUUUUGUAUGUACACUUAAAGAUUUUAUGUGAAUUCGGAAAAAACAAAAAAAAAAAAAAACAAAAAAAACCUUUUUAAAACGAUGGAUAUUAUUGGUCAGUUGUAAUAAUUAUACUGUGCAAACACAUACAUACAUACAUACCUCUUAAGUUUGUUAUGGCUUUAAAACUUCAUCAAAGCUAAUGGGAAAUUAUUCUUAUUUUCAAAGCGUCUGCUUAUGAGAUUUUUAUUGAUUUUUAAAUUUAUUUCAUUAAGUACCUUAGAAGACUUUACUCAAGGAAAAUUGAAUAUUAAUUUAAUAUGCUUCAAUUUAUUGUCAAAUUAAUUUAUAUUUUAUCAAAACGAACUUUUUUUUCAUGUAUAGGGAAAUACUGUGAAUAUCAUUCUUAUGUGGACGACUGUUUAGUAUACACUUUCUAGCAUUACAUACAGCGCGUAGUCCAACUUAAUUUUUCGCAUUUUCGUGGUGUCGAAAAUCAAUUGAAAUUAUGUAGUUCAAUAAUAAUUGAUGAAAUUUUAUUUUAUUUUUUACUUAUUUUAGUUAAUCAGUUUUUUUUUUUAAUAAAACCUUUUUUUAAGUAUUUUUUUUUAUUAAAAAAUUUUAUUUUAUAUAUUUAAACAUUUUGUUUUCUAUGUAAAUAACUAAAAAGAAAACUGUUAACAAAACUGUCUGCGUAUAUACGUUCCAAAUCAUUGUAUGUAGAACCGCUAACUACCCACCAAAAAUUAAAACAUUAAAAUUUUCAUGCAACUGUUGGACCAGUUCGAAAAUCGGUUGAUCAACUAUACUAUAACACAUGGGCUGAAAAGUACCGGGCAUAACAAAGAAAACACGUUUUUUUGUUUGUUCAAAACAUGUUUUAUGCAUCAACGUAAUUUCCAUCAAGAACAACGCAAUCAUUCCAGCGGCGCUGUAACAUUUCAAUACCACUCUUUUAGAACGAUUUAUCUUUUGCCCAAAAAUAGGCCUCGGUUUCAGCGAUACCUCUGCAUUCGAACGAAAUUUCUUACCGGCGAGCAUCGUUUUAGGUCUGCGAACAGCCAGUAGUCGCUUGGAGGUUAGUACUAACUGAAAGAGAGGGGAAUGCAUUAAAACUAGUGCCAUCUAUGUGUCAGGCCCGGAACUUUUCAGCCCAUUUGUUGCAUGAUACGGUUGGAGCCUGUACACUUUGCAUUAGCUUAUGAAUACAUCUUAAUCAAUUUUUUGUAAAACUACUCAUAUGUCUAUGAAAGAUUGAGCAAAAUGCAACAUCAGAUAAGUUUUUUUUUGGUUUUGUUUUUUGUUAAAAGUACACAGAUGUGUAUAACGAACACGUCUAAUAGCUAACAAAUAUGGUGAAAAAAACAGUUCGUUUGACAUUUAACGGACGGAGUUUAGUCUGAUUAAGAUUGGAAGACUGACGUCAUGACGUGAACUUUUCAACUUUUUUUUCGUACGAGGAUUGGUUAAAAAGUCCUUGCAAAACUAAGAACUACUUAAUUGUUUGGGGUAAACAUUUUUUAUUUUUCGACAUAGUCUUCUUUUAGGCUUACACACUUCCACCAACGCUGUUUCUUGAUCCCUACCGUCUAUAGGAUUUUUCCAAGUCUGAAAAAUAGCCAUUCGUUUCUGUAAUCGCCACCUCGUUUGAAUAAAAUCUUUCUCGCCAGCCAUUUCUUCAAAUAGCAAUAGAACAAAUAGUAGUCCGCGUGAUUUGAGGGAGCCAAGUCUGGAGAAUAGGUUGAUCUGAAUAGAUCUCACAUAGACCACAACGGUCCGUCGUAGUUCGUGAUACAUGUCUUGGCAAGUUUUAAUUAAUAGUGUAAACUUUUGUCAGCAAUAUCCUUCAGAAAUGAAAAGUAUACCGAUCCCAGGCAGUUGUAACGCGUUCUGAUUAGAGCAGGGCAGUGGCGAGGAGGUGUUCUAAAGUACCCCUUUCUUCCUCGCAUAAGUUACACGCGUCGUUCUGGACCAAUCCCAUUUUAGCUGCGUGGUAUGGAUUGAGGCAAUGUCCCGUCUGCAGUCCAACCAAUAUUUUACAUUCUUUCCUUGAGAGUGAUAAAAUAAAGUUGCUUGUUUUCGUGUUGCAAGUUUGUAGCCUUAUUUUGGCAAAGCAGUGGGAGGUCGAGGCUUCCCAUCUAGACUGUACUUCUAGAGUUAGUUCCUCGUCUUGUUCCGUUUUCAAAACUGAGAGUGAGGGAUAUACAUAUGUUCGACGUACUCAUCCCAUGCAAGCGAGAGCUUAAAUCCGACCAAGUACUGUCACUUCAGCUGCAUUCCCCGUAUAUGUAUGGGGAAUGUUUAUGCUGCUACAACAACAACAUCCCUCUUUGAUAGCUUUCUUUAUUCAGUAGGAUUGUUAGGCAUAGUAAGAGUGCGGAAAGCAAUCGUUUUCAGAGUUUCCUUCCACAUUAUGUUACAUACAUUUAGGGUCAUAAAAUUUAACAAAACUCAAAUUCUUCAUACACCCAACAGAUUAGUCAAAGCCGAGUAUUUUGUUUUUCUUUUCUAAUUUUUAUUGAGUAUGCAUAUACACAUCAGGUUUCUCUCUCUGAGAGCGCUAGAACAACAUAAAGGGUAGUACUAACUACACAGCCGUGAAAUUUCUCCCGCAACAUGCAUUUGAUUUACCAUGAAAUGUUGCUAGCAUCAUUGAUUGUCAAAUAUGAAGAAACGCCAAAAUUUAUGAGCAUCGCCUCAGAAGCAAUUGACAAAUUUUGGUAAGAAAAGUGUUUUGAAGCAAAUUAAUGAAAAUGCUAUAUCUUCGGAGUAUUCGAGCUCAGGCAGUUCACUUGCAAACAAUUGUUUUCGUUCAAUUUUAAAUGACAGGUGUGACAAAAUGUUGCUGGCUACCUGUUGCUAGCAUUAUGUUGAGCGGUGUUUUCACGACGUAAACUGAGUACUACUUUGCCGUGAGAUACAUUAGAAAUUUCGCACAUAUUUCAUGGCAAUGCAAUUUUUAUGGAUUUUGACAGAGUGAGAGUGAAGAGCGUACUUAGUACUAUACUUAAGUUAAUUUUUUUUUUUAAAUCUCUUAUAAGCACAAGAAGAAGCGCAGUUAUUAUUUUUUAUAGCAAUGAAGUUUCACAUAUUUUGAAUAUUAGAGGCUGUCCCAAAAAUCAUUUUUAUAACUUAGCAUGACCUUUUUAAUUCUAGUUACUGAUCUAAAAGCUUGCCAUUUUCCAGGAGUUACUUGCCAUUUCUUGUUUAGUAUAUUUAAAUUUGCUGUGCCUAAGCCAUUAGGUCCAACACUCAGCUGAGAUACUUAAUCCCAAAUAAUUUCUUAGAUUACUUGAACUUUUAAAAAUCUAUUUACUUAUUUAUUGCCAAGUUUGCCAAGCGCCUGAGCAGCAUACGCUGCGUGGCUUUUGCGGUAGUUGCAACCAGUUCUGCAAUAAUUUCGUUCAUUUUUGUCAUGAAAUGGUGAAAAUAUUGUAGGACAUCAAAUUGACAUUAUUUUUACAUGAACAUUAAUAAACGGAAUGCCUUUGGAAAAUAUUUCCUUCAAGUGCAUUUCAUUAGUCAUUUACUAUAUAAAAUAAAUUUUGUUGAUUUUUUUUUGUAAAAUAUUUUGUAUUACAUUUACUAACUUCUACCAAAGACGUAAAAUAAAUCAAAGAUGAUGACUAUUAUUUUGUAGCUCUUGGACUUGAACGCCCACAAAAUGGGGUGGGAAAAGCAGACGGUUUAUGUUAUGUAUACGUAAAAUCGAAAAAAUAUUAUAGAAAAUAUUAAAAAAUUAUUAAUCAAACGUGUAUGCUUUAAAUGUUAUGCGAAAUAACAAUAAAUAAUAUUAUAAAUAAUAAGUAAUAUUGUUUGUAUGUAUUUAAUACAAGAAAAGAAAAAAACAACAACAAUGUACUUGCUAAUUUUUAAGUUAGCCACGAGUCUCUUAAGUAACUAAUACUAAGUCAUCAUGAUCCAGUGUCCAAGGUUUUGCAUUGAAUGUAAAAUUAAAAUUGAAUGAAAAAUGAAAAAAAUUAAUACAAACUGAAAUAAAUAAUAAAAUUUUUUAAUAUUGACGGAGUCAAAAAAUCAA